AUGUCAUUCAUCCCCGCUGUGACUUCCAGCUUGAUACGAUCAUUAAUCUAUGACAACAUGUCUGAUUCUUUCCAAAUAACAGGAGUGAUGGGGACCAGUCUGGUAACUGUCCCGCAGGCUUUGUUGCAGACCUGGGAGCGGGCAGUACACAACUUUUAUAUGCAAUCACAUCUGAGUCAUGGUGGUCUCAUCAGAAUUAGCAGGCUGAGCCAUUAUAUCAUGCUCAGGGAUGAUGCAUACACUGAUAUCGCCUGUGAGCAUGGCACAUUCCAUUUUAAUCCUGCCAUGGGGUUUGACACUGCUACCAUCUCCAGCAAUGACAACACUUUCAACCUUGGACACUGGAGGAAGAAUUUCAAGGACAGAUGCACCAAUUUGUCGAAGAAGAUGCAUUUCAUGUGA